AUGGGGAGAUUGGCGCCACUGGUGAUACGGUUGCUGGCCGUGUCACUGGUGGCGCUUGUCCUUGCCGAGCCCGGCAAUGGCGGCGACCAAUCAGUGGCCAAGGAGCGCCGCGACGCUGACGUCACCGCGGCCACCGCGCCCCCCGCGCCCCGCCGCCCCGGCAAACGCGAACGCAACCGCAAGCGCACCACUACCACUACUACCACAGUAGACCCAGACGACAAUGACGUAGCUGAUGCUACCACUACCACCACUACUACGACAGUAGAUCCUCGCGCCUUCGACCACAGCCAGAAGCGUCUGCGUGGCACCGCACCGCCGCUGGUCGGGCCGCAGCGUCGAUGGCCGGGGAAGCAGCAUAAGAGGCGCCGCCGCCGUACUACCACGACCACUACAACCCCACCAGACGGUGAUGGUGACAUGGAGCCUACCACAACUCUUGCCACCACCACAGUAGACCCAAGAAACUUAGACCACACUGAAGGAGGUAGCUGCCUAGUACCUCUUGGAAUGGAAAGUGGACUGAUUUCUAACGAGUCACUGUCGGCAAGCUCCAGCUAUGACCAAAGUGUCUCACCCCUCAGCUCACGCAUACGGACGGAGAUUAAAGGCGGCGCGUGGUGCCCUAACGGGUUGAUAUCGCCGCGGAGCCGCCAGUUCCUGGAGAUAGACCUUCAUGAUGAGUAUCUGAUCACCGGCACUGAGUCGCAGGGCAGGUUCGCCAACUCUGUGGGAGUGGAGUUCGUCGAGAGCUACUCAGUAGAGUACUGGCGCACCGCACUCAACCGCUGGGUCAAAUACAAAGAUUUCAACGGAAGCAGGCUUAUACCAGGCAAUGUUAACACAUACACGCCGAGAAAGUCGACACUUGAGGCACCAUUCGUGGCGUCGAAAGUACGGUUUUAUCCAUACGCAGCGCAUCCUCGGACGGCUUGCAUGAGAGUGGAACUAUACGGGUGCCGUUGGAAACAGGAUCUAGUUGCAUACUCGGCACCCAAAGGCGGGGACAUGCAGGCGAUGACCGGAGGCGCCCGGUUCGAGGACCUCGGCUACGACGGAACACUUCGGGAGGGCCGACUAAUUAAUGGACUCGGUCAGAUGACGGACUCCUUGGUUGGGCCCAAUGAUUUUGAACUGCCAGACCAGUUAGACACAAGAGGAUCGCGAUGGGUGGGGUGGAAUAAGACCAUGAUGGUUGACGAAGAAGUCACCCUCACCUUCAACUUCAGCGAGACUCGGUUGUUCUACCACAUUGACGUACAUACCAACAACAUGUUCACCAAAGAUGUGCAGUUGUUCAAAGAAGCAGAAGUGUACUUCUCACUAGAAGGAGAGCGUUGGCAAGAAGAUUAUGUCUCCCAUGAACCGAAGCAGGACAGAGUUUCCGAACACGCCCGAGUCGUGCACAUCGACCUGCAGAACCGCACGGCUAAACACAUCAUGGUGAAGCUCAGAUUCCAACACGAGUGGAUUCUCAUCAGCGAAAUAACCUUCAAAUCAAUUCCGACCUGGGUGAAUACAUCUGCGGAGUUUCUGGAAGAGUAUUAUAAGACAGAUACUCCGCCAUCUUCGAGGAAGAAAAGAAACUCAUCAUUACGGGUUUCGGUGGGACUUGCUUGUGGUGCUUUAGUGGGUGGUGGGGCGUUCAUUGCAGCCACAGUAGUCUUGCUGACGAAGAAGACCAGACGCAGAAUACCGAACAUGUUGAAGAAACCGUUCUGUCCGUCGCUGAGGCACGGCAGCUCGAGCUCGCGGAACAACCGCAGGGCUCCGAGGCUGGCGCUCGCCCUUGCUAACUGUCCACCCAUACAUAUGCUCAGGCCCGCGGUCGUCGACGAGGAUUACAGGGAGCCCUACAACAUUUGGAGGGAGACUCUCGGCCGCCGAGACAAACGCGAAGCGCACGACCAGCACGAGUACAACGAGAUCUGCGAGGACACGGAGUUCCCGCGCCCCUACAUGAUGAAACGACCCGAUCCACAUGAGAGCUUCUACGCCGCCACCGAUAUUAUACACCAUACGUACCCGGAAGAACGUGCGUGCCGUCGCGAGAAACCCGCCCCUGGCCUGUUCACAUCUAUCAAACUACCUGAAGCGGAGCCCCCAAACGGAGUGGCGCCCCUGCUGGAUUUCCCGCGGGGGCGCAUGCGACCUGUCACCUUCCUUGGCGAGGGCCCUCAUGGCAGUCUCCAGAUAUGCGAGACCGAUGGUAUCGAAGAGCUGAGCGACGAAGAAUCACCGACUGGAGGACGCCGCCGCCUCGUUGUUGUCAAGACUUUGUGGCGGGGCUGCCAUAACGAAGUGAAAGCGGCAUUUGCCCGCGAAGCUACAUGGGGCGCCGGCUUGAAGCACCCUCAACUAGCCAGAGUCCUAGGUUUGAGUCUGCUAGAACCGCCGUGUGCGGCCCUGGAUCGCGGAGAUGCCGCCCAUCUCCCCACAAUACUGCGACAGGAACGGAAAUUGAAUUAUUCGAGUUUGAUUCACAUAUGCUGUCAGAUAGCAGCCGGCAUGAAAUAUCUGGAAUCAUUCGAAUUAGUACACCGAGAUCUCGCAGCGAGGAACGUAACAGUGACUGAAGAUCUGCACGUGAAAGUGUCAGACUACGCGAUGUUCUGUGAGGAGUUCGUCAGCGACUACCACGUGAUGGCUGACGGGUCCCGACUUCCUCUGCGCUGGAUGGCUUGGGAGAGCCUGCUCAUGGGAAUGUGUUCACCGGCAAGCGACGUUUGGUCUUUCGGAGUUACAGUUUGGGAAGUCCUCACCUACUGCAUGGCUAAGCCGUUCGAAGAGAUGAAUGAUGACCAGGUUGUGGCCAACGCCAGUGAGUGGCGUAACGGAGGGCGUGGAGCACGCGUGCCCGCCGCUCCCCCGCCGCGCUGCCGCCGCGAGCUCUACGACCUGAUGCACGAGUGCUGGCGCCGCGAGCCCAUGCAGCGCCCCCGCUUCCACGACCUGCACCGCUUCCUCGAGCGCAUGACCCACGGCUACAAGCCCCCCAACAACCGCUAA